CAUCUCAUAUAUACGCAUGACGUACGCGAGACAUCGUGUACGUCUUGCUACGAGAGCGCAAAACUACCAUUCGCGUCAUAAUUAAUAUAAAAUAAAUCUCCGUGCAACUGACGUACAAACAAUAUAUUUCUAAGUGUUUCUCUGUUGAAGUUUGUCUCUGCAAAAUAGAUCUUGGGAACGCUGUGAAAAUCUAAAAAAAGUUCGUGUAUAGUUUGUGUGAGUGUAUAUAUGUAUCUAUGUGUGUGUGUGUCUCGAGAUCUCUGCCAUGAUAGAUCGGAACGCGUCCUCUUUCGAGACACCAAAAAGUCAAAGUGUAUUCGAUAAAGAAACAAAAAAUAAUGGGAAUAAUACGUUUUGAGGAGCGGCACUUUACGAUCGGUUCUUUGCAACGUUCAAGAGUCCUCUGUCAUCCAUGAUUCUUCGAUGAAGCUCCAGUUAUUGCUCUACCAGCACAUUUGCCUAAUAUUGGAUUUUUUAUUUCAAAGCGUGAGCUGAAGCAUUGCAGAAUGGUGGUGGAUUGCCUGUCGGUCCAGGGGUCCGCGGCUGUAGCGAGGAAGCAAGAGAGGAGAAUCGGAGGUGGAGCUGUAGGCGCUAGAAUGCACACGAAUGGUGGCAGCGCCAGCAGCGGAGGAGGAGGAGGAGGAGGAGGCGGCGGCGGCAUGACCCCCAAGGAGCUCUGUGACAAUGACGAUCUGGCAACUUCUCUUGUUCUCGAUCCUUUUUUGGGUUUCACAACUCAUAAAAUGAACAUCAGGUAUCGACCGUUGAAAGCUAACAAGGACGACCUUCGUAAGGUCAUCACGGAUUUUGUACAAACACAGAAUUAUGAGAAAGCGUACAAGAAACUGAUGGGUGGUGAUUGGGGUGCACGUUUGCCCCACACCAAGUUGAAACAGCAACAAAUCAAUCUGGAGAAGCACGUUUAUCGAUACUUGAGAGUUUUCGACAAGGACUCGGGUUUUGCGUUGGAACCGUGUUACAGGUAUUCUCUGGAAGGUCAAAAAGGUGCGAAAAUAUGCGCAACACGAAAAUGGCUAAAGCACGAUAAGAUUCCUUGUUUAGUGGGUUGUAUAGCGGAACUCAGCGAAAAGGAGGAAGCGGCGCUUCUGCAUCCUGGAAAAAACGAUUUUUCGGUUAUGUUCAGUUGCAGAAAGAACUGCGCUCAGCUCUGGCUCGGUCCUGCUGCUUUCAUCAAUCACGAUUGCCGGGCUAACUGCAAGUUCGUAGCAACGGGGCGUGAUACCGCUUGCGUCAAGGUUCUUCGCGACAUUGAAGUGGGUGAGGAAAUCACCUGUUUCUAUGGUGAGGAUUUCUUUGGCGAUGGUAACUGUUUCUGCGAAUGCGAGACGUGUGAGAGAAGAGGAACUGGAGCGUUUGCCAGCCAAAAACCCGGCGACGAACUCUCCACAGGUUAUCGUCUAAGGGAAACGGACAAUCGUAUAAAUCGAACUAAGCAUCGUCAACAGCCGCCAAGCCACGGAAGCAAUAAGCAACAAGCCGAUGGUGCGUUGAACGAGAGAAAUGCGCUGCUCGUUGGUAACGCGGCAGUAGCUCCGCAAUCUCUAAGCAUGAAAGAGCUUCGUCGAAAGGGGCUUACGAAAUACGAUGCGGAGCUUCUAAUAGCGCAAGGAUGUCGUUUUUCGGACAUAGCCCAGCAACAGCAGCAACAACAACAACAACAACAGCAACAACAACAACAACAGCAACAACCAUCUGGCCCUGAAGACGGUACGAACGCUUCGGGCCAAACAAACUCGCGAUCUCAUCCGUCCUCAAUCGUUGGUUCAACGUCCACGAGAAAUCUCCGCAAUAAACAGCAUAACGUUAAAAACGAUAGGAGCGUUAACAAUAACAAUAACAACAACAGCAUCAAAUACGGUAAUGGAAAAAAUGGCCAGAGUUUGAGAGCCUCGAGGCUUCAAAAAAGAACGGAAACGAAAAAAACCCGUGCCAGUGAAGACGACAAUAGUACACCGAUCGGAAAUUCCAUGGAUACAGACAGAGAAUCAUCAGAAUCAAAUCAUCGGAAAGACGAUUCGGAUAGAGUAGCUAUGGACGAGGAUAGCUCGUUUUCCUUUUCCGAAAAGCCACGUUUGCAAGAGGAUUCCAAGGAAAAUACGAGGGGAGUUACUCAAUUCACGGAUCCCCGUUCCUCGAGCGUCAACGAGACUGGCCUCGUUAUAACAAACAAAGAAAGAAUAUGCCAGGUCUUCGUUAAAGAGAGACGAGACGGUUCGGUGGAUGCGGAUGAUGCUGUUGGUGCGGACGAUCCAUUGAAAAUGGAAGUUAACGACAACACCAGUUCGGACAAGGAAACCUUGCGUAGGGGCGUCUCGAGUCACGAAAGAAAAACACACAAUGCAACGAACUCCCGACCCCCGGGCACGGUUAGAUCGAAAACUCACGAAAUUUCAAGCAAACACACAGAACCGUUGGAACCUCGAGAAACAAACCGUACCAAGGACGUUCACGCUUCGACUUUAUGUCUCAUCAACGAGAAAGACGACUGGAGUCAAAACACGCCGAAAUUGAGCGAUGCUUCGGUCGAUUUUGCGACACUGUCCGUGGCUUCGGGUGAAAAAGAGAAUCGAAAACUGUUGCAAACAGUUGUCGAUUCUCGAGAUAUGGAGCAUAGAAAAUCACCGGCUCACGGAGAGACGCCAAGAAAGUCAAGCUUUCGGGAGGUCGAGGCACGGAUAGCUACCUCGCAUACCGACAAAUCGAGCGAAGCUUUUUUUCGCUUGAAUCCAGGAAAACUUCACGUCCCCAUUGAAUCCAUGGGAAAAGGUAUUAGAAGGAAACUGGAGAAUACAAAAGGUGACAUUUCUAGUGAACCGUUGAACGAUGACAUGUUCGGAAUCGAACCUUUAGAAAACGACGGUUCCGGGAACCCGAAUAAUGCUAAUAUCGAGAAAAAUUGUUUGCCGAGUAAUCGCGAAGGGACACAGUGCGAAGAAAGCGAAAGCUUCAAGUCGUUUGGCCCACAAGUUAACACUGAAAUUCUUGAGACUGAAGAGAUCGCCGGUGAAAAUGUUACAAUGGAACUCGUGCCGAAUUCUCAGGAAUACAAUUCACAUGAGAACGUCAAAGAACAAAUAAAUUAUGCAACGAAUGCUCUGGAAUACAGAGAAAAUGAUGAAAUCGUCGAGAUUAAUCAGAGUACAACAAUCAUCCAGCCUCAGGACGAAUGCUUCGAUCCUGCGAGCCAUCACAAAUCCGAAGACAGUAGAUCACUCACACUGAAAAGAUCGUCGGACGGAACGAUAGAAAAAAUCUCUAAUUCGUCAUCGAGAUCACGCAGACGGAGCAAGAAACACGGUGGUGAAGGUGGACGAAAAUCGAGACGCGAAAAAGUCGUUGCAAUCUUGGAAAACGGUGAGAUUGAAACCAGGACCGAAUCGAGCUCUCGAAGCCACAGCAAAGUAUCCAAAGCCCAUGGAAGACUGACGCGCAGCCAGCGAAGAGGAAAACAAAAAAACUUGUCCGAUACAACCAACGAGCCCCUUGUCGUUGGGGCUGCUGACGAUGAUUCUGGUAUCCAAGGCGACAUUUAUGAAUUCAACGAGAAGGAAAGCAAUCUCGAAGACGUUGGCUUACCAUCAUCCAUACGUCGUAACAAGUACGAUAAUGGAGACACCGAUACUCCGGAAUCUCGGUUACUGGAACGUUGCAAUGAAUUUCCAAAAAUUGAACCUCCCGUACUUGAGCCUGAAGUACCUUGGCCAUCCAACACUCAAAAUAGAAUCAACGAUCCUGAUGAUCACAGAAAAACGCCCGAAAACUUGACUCAGUCUCAGGAAAAUCAUGAUAGAUGCAACGUAAAAGAAACGAGCAGUCCGAGGAAACCGUCGGCAAUUCCGACUUAUCAGUGGCAGACGACAGAGCCGUCGUGUCAGGUGUGUCCUGCAACGCCAGAACGACCAGGUGGACGAUUAAAAUUAACUCUGCGGAUGAAGCGUUCACCGGUUUUGGACGACGUCGUUGAAUCGGGCACGAGUUUAAGCGAGGACAGUUACGAGCCGGAAUACGAGGUGUUGAGAGUGGAGGGAGUGGAGCAAGAGACAAGACGUCGUAAAAAGCACAAAACUCGAGAUCGUGAGAGGCGACACAAGAGGCGAGAAUUGAAUCUUGAUCCUCCGCCGUUGCCGAUGAAGAGGUUACGACUGAUAUUCGGCAACGAGACACACACUAUCGAUUUGCCCCACUCUUAACGAAUAUAAUUUCGAAAGUUUUGUUGCAAUUACGAUUGAUCCAACUAUCGACAGUUUCAAAGCGAGCGUAUAUACAUUUGUAUGGUAUAUAUAAACACAUAGGUAGUGACGUAAGCGUUGAUACGUUGGAAAAUAUCGAGGAAAAAACCUCGAGAACUUCUGCGUGGCGGAAAAUAAAGAAACGAGCAGGACGAAAGCUCGAGCUUUCCCGCAUUCGAAACAAUAUUUUGCCGCCUCGAUGACAAGCGCAUCGGAAUCAACCCGGUGGGCCGCUGACAAAGGAAUCGUUACGGUUACGAACUCUAUUCGAAUAAGGAAAGAAUCGUCAAAACAAAUAAAACUCGAUUCACAUGAUAUCGAAUUGAGGAGAGCAAAUGCGAAACAGAAACAAUGGAAUUUAGACAAAUACCUUAGCUAGCGCGUAUUAAUUGUAACGUGGGAGAGACGACAACAAUGACUUUGUGCGCGAUUGCGAUAUCACGACAUGAGGAGAAGAAAAGUAAUAUACGCUCUGGUGAAUGAUUGUAAAUAACGAGUGUGACGUAUGAACGGAAUUAUCGCGGGCGUCUACCAAGUCCAUCGCGACAUUGGGAUGGAAAAGGGAAGAUUUUGAGCACGGAUUAUGUAUAUCCAUUCAUAAUAUACAUAACUCUGAUAACAGAAUUCGUUAUUCGGCGAGUUUCGACAGUCCUUGAGAUCUCGUGAUGUUACAGGCUGUCUAACGAUCUGAAAUUACAUUUUCCAUUAUCUCAAUCAAUUUUUAACACGAUAUUCGCAAUGUCAUGAAUUAUUAGGACGUUGACACGGUUUAAAAUUUUAGUCAAAUCAUCGAACCUCGUGCUAAUAUGGAUGAUACGAUUUUUUGACUUGUUUCCUCGACAGGUCGGAGCGGUAGACGAGUCAAAUCCAACAUGGAGCGAGGAAAGAUGAAAGUUCAUUUUAAAAUCAUAUUUGCUGAAGAUUUCAAGUAUUUUGUCUUUGCGAGGAUCGCGAGAGAAAAGUGAUUGAUUAAUCGGUAGAAAAGGCUUAAAUAUCACGAUAUUUUGGUCGUCGAGAAUUAGAGACUCCGAAUAUAUCUAAUGGGGAAUGAACUUCGUUAGAGUUAUAAAAUUUGUAAAAAAAACUACGAAAUCUCCAAAGUCGUUAACUUCGACAAUUUUAAUCGUAUAAUCGGCUAAUUAUUUCGUGAAUUAAAUGUCAAAUACUGCAAUUCGGAUCUGCAUUCUAUAAACUUUUAAUCGUCAGAUAAUGAAAUUUUUUUCACAAAACAAAAAUAAGUAAUUCAAUUUGAAAAUUCGAUUAUAUAAUGAAAAAAUAAAUAAACAAAAAAUACAAUCUGAACGACAGUCGUCCGUAAAUUUUUCCGGAAUAUUUCUGCCUCGCGGAAGUUUGGCUACUGCGGCAAAUAUGUGUGUCCGAGGUAUAAACAUUCGUAUGUACUCGCAAGUAAUAACGGGAAUGAAAAUUCGAGCUUCGACCGAAUACACUCGGAUUCUUCGCGGCAAUCUUCCCUCGCCCGUGCAAUAGAAUAAAUGAUAACCAUAAAAGUUGAUAAAUAUUGCGGUAAAACGAAGAUUUAACGAGAGGAAGGAGAGAAAAUAAAAAGCGAUCGAUGCGAAGUGCGAUGUAAAAAGGAUCCUAGGACAAUGCCAUUACCUAAUAAAAACGUAAACGUUUUUCCUAGGAGGUUGAGUCGAUGGCCGAGUCUCCUGACGAGAAACAACAGAAAAAUACAAAAAAAAAAACAUAAAAAUUGAAAAGAAAAAAAUUCAUAAUAAACAGAAAGGAUACCGUUUGUGAUAUAAACUAUAUUGUACCAUCUAAUAUCUUUUUUUCGAUAUUAUAUAAGCAGAAUAUUGAAGAAAAAAAAGGAACGUAGUUAUUCACUUUGCCAGGGUGUUUUUUCGAGAACCGUUUCGUUCAUACACAGCGUCAAAGAGAGACGAUUAUGGAAUAAUGAAAAUUGAGGAAAAAAAAAAGAGAAAAAGGAUGAAUAGGAAUCUCGAGGCGUAACGUACAUCACUCCGUGCGAUUGCCAAAGUAGUUGCUUAGAACUUUUCAUGCUCGAGAGACCCCCGAUACUUGUAAGAUCUUGGAGCGAGGAACGGAGACGAGGAACGUUCCCCACCGCCCGCGAGGUCACUGAUUUCAACGAAAAAACCCCUUAGAAUUUAUGAUUUUUUGUUUUUUCUUUCGAAAAUUACGAUUACGGAGGCUACUACGAGGGGGGAGGGAAAUAUUGACGUAAGGCUUGUCGCGGCCACGACAAAACUCGCGUCGCACCCUCUCGAGCGAGAUCUAAAACGUAAAACGUGAAUUAAGGAUAUUGGCGCAUGUCUCUCGGCCAGGAAUUUCGAUUGCAUCGGAACUACGUAACUUUAAAAUUGAGAAUUAACUUUAUGUUAUUUAGCCAUUCUUGAACGUUUGCCAAUGUUGAUUUUCGUCGAUAUUGUUUUCGAUAAAUGGCAUCGACAGCGAACCAUCGACUCUUGUCGUUCCAACCGAAUACACCAUUCGACGAAUGAUCGGAUUAUUUUUUUUCUUACAAAAUGUCGGUCGAACGAUUUAUCGAAUUUACAUCAACCUCCAAACAAUGAUCUCUCUCUCUCUCUCUCUCAUUUCUUUUUUCAUCUUUCAAAAUGUUUCGAAACGCUCACUCGAAAACUGCAAACGUUGCACUAGUCUUCGUCAACUGUCUCCGUUCCCGGAGUCAAUAAAGGGUUGAAGAAAAAAUAUAAAUGCUCCGGAAAAAUGGAAUAAUGGUUUAGCAAACGGCCAAAUGUUCGUUUGUUUUCAUUUUAUACGAGAAAAAAUCAUCUGAUUAUUCGUCAAACCUCUUUUCUUCUUUUUAUCAAUUUGUUUAUAACUCGUUGACAUUCUUAUUAUGUAAAUGAUUGUUCAUAACGUCUUGAGGCGAUCUGUAAGUUGAAUAUCCUGUCCCGUUUUACUCUCGGCACAGUUGAAUAUCGGAGGAAAUAAAAGUAACCUUUCGCCCUUUAUUCGUUGAAGAACUUUUCUAAUAUCAAAUUUCCUCGAAUUAUUGAGUUGUGACGAGAAAAAAUGGUACUUGGCUUUUCAGAUUUGUUGUAAAUCACCGAAUACUGUAUUUUUAAUGGUGUGAAACGAAUGGCACGAAUACAUGUGCAAUUUAUCCUUAAAGAAGGGCGAGAAAAGUGUUAGGAAAAAGCUAAAGAAACUUGUGAUCGCAUAACUCUGUCGUUAGAGUAUAUCGCGCGCUUAUUUUUAUUCCUUCGUUCGUUUUUUGUCUGUUUUCGAUCGGUAGAUUUUUCUGUCACUGCCAUUAGAUGAAAUUUACUUGUUAAUUGUUCAUUCUUCGCGCUUAUUACAACACCAGUUUAAAGAAAUACAGAAAAAACACAAGUGAAACAAGAAUUUUAAAUCGUCGAUUAUUUAAUAACGAAAGAGACGAGAAAAUAAACUUCGAACGGGCUGAAUUUCGCAGAUCCAAUGUAUUUGUAUCGUAGCGUUUCAUCCACGACCUCUGGACGUGCUCGUUCAAUGCACUCAUUUAUUCAUUCACGUCUUUGUCGUUGUUUUCUCGUGUUUUUUUUUUUUUUUUUUUUUUUUUUUUGUAGCGGUUCAGCUUCUACGUAACAGAAAGCGAAAUAUGGAGGAUGGAGGAAGAAAGGUAGAGAGGAAAAUCUCUCACGAGACGUACGUGAAUUUUAUUUCAGGCUCGCAGAAGCUUACGACGACCACCCGAAUGCUUACUAUCAAUGUAAUUUGUAUGUGCGAUACGUUCGACGAUCUUCGCGAAGGUUUUUAUCGUAUAAAUAUAUCGCGUUAUGAUUAUUCGGUUUUUAUGUAUAUCGAUCCCAGCAUUCAACUUAUUACGCGAGGACACGCAUAUAUUAAUGAAAUCCGGCGAUCGAGAAAGGAUCGGACGAACAGAUAGAGUGAGAGACUAAGGAGAGUACAUUGUCAUUAUUAUUUUUUAUGAAUUAGGAUAUCAUAAUAAACGAACUCAAAUAACUUUA